AUGCAGAACAUUGAACUGACGUACGUUUCCUGGGCCACCACGGCGCUGGCCGUUGGCUAUGCGGUGUACCUGACGAUGAAGGCUCCCAGUGAGGAUCCAGCUAAAAAGCGCCUUAACGCCAAGAUUCAACUUGAUAAACCAAAGGUGGUCGACACGUGUGACAUUGAAGAUAUCAAGGGAAAGGGGGUCUUCUGUCGAUGCUGGAAGUCGAGCAAGUUUCCGUACUGUGAUGGCAGCCACAAUGCUCACAACGACACCACUGGGGACAACGUUGGCCCGCUGAUUGUCAACAAGAAGUAG